AUGGUCGUCACUGUCGAGAUUAUCGAAGACAUGCUGAAGAAGAUAGAGGAUAUCCCAUUAGUGGACUGGAUGAAGAUGAACGAAGAAGACGAUUUGGACCGAGUGGAAGCGGCGGAAGUGAAGGAAGUGAUUGAGGAGAUGAUUGUCGCUGUCGAGGUUGUCGAAGACAUGCUUGAGAAGAUGGAAACGUUCCCAUUGGUGGACUGGAUGGAAGCCGACGAAGACGUUUUGAACGAAGUGGAGCAGCCGGAAAUGGAAUUGCUGCUGAAGCCAUCGCGAAUCCGCCACCAAUGCCACAAUUUCGUCAACAAGUCCGACGACACAAACGAAUCGCAGCUGUUCAAGCUCGAAGAAACAUUCGCACAAUGUACGAAAUGGACCUUUUGUGAAGAUAUCAAUGAAAAUGUGAAUUUGUGCGUCGUGUCAUAA